AUGCUGCCUUCUCCUCCACGAGGCCGCUUCCGCGACCGCUUCCGGCGCCGGGAGGCUCGCUUCCGGCGCCCUUCCGGGCCCUGUCUGUUCAUGAGGCGAGACAUGGAAAGUCCACAUCACCUCCUGGCAACUCUGGGCAAGCCAGACACUCGGAGGAAAAGAAGCGAAAGAGGCAUCCGGGGCAGUGACCUGUCUUAUCAGGCUCUGGAGCCCUGGCCAUUCCCCAGCUCAGAGGUGCUCCUGGACCCUCCGCUCUUCCUGGGACUUCCUGCGUCUGCAGAGAACCUCGCUGGAUCAUGGCGGGUCUCGGUGGUGAGAGAUGGGGGGCUGCAGGCGGACGUCGGGGUACCACCCCCCUCCCUCUCUGCCUGCAGGCUGGCCGUGUGCACGCUCCUCCGGCUGCAGCUGCUGCUCGCGCUGGGCGCGUGGUGCGCGCGGGCGAGCGCCCCGCGCUGCAGCUACACCUUCGUGCUGCCCGCGCACAAGUUCACGGGCGCCGUGUGCUGGAGCGGAGGCCCGGCCCCCGCGCGCCCGGCGGCCGAGGCCGCCAACGCCGGCGAGCUGGCCGCGCUGCGCGUGCGCCUGGGGCGCCACGAGGAGCAGCUGCGCGAGCUGCAGCGAUUGGCCGCCGCCGACGGCGCCGUGGCCGGCGAGGUGCGCGCGCUGCGCAAGGAGAGCCGCGGCCUGAGCGCGCGCCUGGGCCAGCUGCGCGCGCAGCUGCAGGACGAGGCGGCGCCGGGGGCGGGGCCGACGGCGUCGGGGGCGGAGCCCGGGGCGGAGCCUGCCGCCGCGCUGGAGCUGCUCGGCGAGCGCGUGCUCAAUGCCUCGGCCGAGGCGCAGCGCGCCGCCGCGCGCUUCCACCUGCUGGACGCCCGCUUCCGGGAGCUGGCCCAGCUGGUGAGCCGGCAGGGCGGCCUCAUCGCCCGCCUGGAGCGCCUGUGCCCCGCGGGCGCCGCCGCGCAGCAGCAGGUCCUGCCGCCACCCCUGGUGCCUGUGGUACCCCUGAGUCUCGUGGGCAGUACCAAUAACCUCAGCAGGAGAGAAGACAGUCUGAGACUGCAGGGACCCCCAGCCUCUCCCAUGCCCGCAGGGAACCCUGCUGCCCCCACCAGACCAGCAGGUCCCUGGCGUGACUGCGCAGAGGCCCACGAGGCCGGACACAGGCAGAGCAGAGUGUACGAGCUCCGGCCGGGCCGCCACGGGUUUGCAGCGUGGUGUGAGCAGCAGCUGGAGGGUGGCGGGUGGACGGUGAUCCAGCGCAGGCAGGAUGGCUCCGUCAACUUCUUCACUACCUGGCAGCACUACAAGGUGGGCUUUGGGCGGCCUGAUGGGGAAUACUGGCUGGGCCUCGAGCCCAUCUAUCAGCUGACCAGCCGCGGGGACCACGAGCUCCUGGUGCUGCUGGAGGACUGGGGGGGGCGUGGGGCUCGCGCCCACUACGACAGCUUCUCCCUGGAACCCGAGAGCGACCACUACCGCCUGCGGCUGGGCCAGUACCGGGGCGAUGCCGGGGACUCGCUUUCCUGGCACAAUGACAAACCCUUCAGCACCGUGGAUAGAGACCGAGACUCCUAUUCUGGUAACUGCGCCCUGUACCAGCGCGGGGGCUGGUGGUACCACGCGUGCGCGCACUCCAACCUCAACGGCGUGUGGCACCGGGGCGGCCACUACCGCAGCCGCUACCAGGACGGCGUGUACUGGGCCGCGUUCCGCGGAGGGGCCUACUCGCUCCGCAAGGCCGCCAUGCUCCUCCGGCCCGCGGGGCCGUGACGCCGCGGCGGGGGCUGUGCGUGUGGUGGGGGGACCCGGCCCCGCCGUCCCGGCCACCCGGCCGCCGUCCCUUUUGUGUGAGUUAGCAAAAGAGGAAAAAAAAAAAAGAGACGAAAACCCACCAAAAAUAAAAGGGGGGCCGGGCGCCCCGGCUCGGACGGCGCCCGCGGUCCCGGCUGAGCGCGGAUCUGUGUCCGUGGGGAGCGCGAGGCGGAGGAGCGCGCGCGGGGUCACCGGCGUGGGGUCACCGGCGGGGU